AUGCCAAUCGAUCGCCCGAUCCCGCCGUUCUACUGCUGUUACCUGCUGAGAUCGACAAUCCGCGCAAGCUCUGUAUAUGUCGGUUCAACACCGCAUCCAGUGCGACGCCUGCGACAGCACAAUGGGGAAGCAAAAGGAGGAGCAGUCCGUACAAGCAGGCCAAGUCUACGCCCAUGGGAGAUGGCCUGCAUUGUAACCGGAUUUCCAAGUCAUAUUGCUGCGCUGCAGUUCGAAUGGGCUUGGCAGAAUCCUCAUAUCACCCUCCACAUCCCACCAGAAUCACGGAUUCAGCAUGCAACACAGAAACGAAGUGGCCAGCCCAAACGACCACGACAUUCAGUUACCUCUCUUCUCUCAAAUCUCCAUCUUCUCCUACGCGUCCCAUCAUUCUCUCGAUGGCCACUCCAACUCCGGUUCUUCUCUGAAGAUGUCUACAAAGCCUGGUUGAAGUGGUCCAAAGCAGCUGCCGAGCCAAUUCGAGACUCCAUUAAGAUCAUACAAGAUUUCCCACCGUCAGACACGGCAUCCGGUAACGAAAGCGAUAGCCCGAAAAGAAAGAAAGACGUCGUUUUCCACGGAAUUGCAGCGUUGAAGGUAGACUACUUCAACGAAAAGCCGCACGUCGAAAAAGGGAAGAACAUUGUCGACUUCGAGCGUGAAGGGUCAUGCGCCAUCUGCCACAGCGAUCUGGAACAUAACGCUGGAAUCUACACAAUUUGUUCCAACCAUGGAUGUGAAUCUGUCACACACUUGACAUGCCUAAGCCAGCACUUUCUCGAGGACGAAGAAGAUGCACUAGUUCCUGUAAAGGGUCAAUGCCCGACUUGCAAGGCUGAGAUCAGAUGGAUAGAUGUGGUGAAGGAAUUGACUCUCAGAAUAAGAGGUCAGAAGGAAGUUGAAAAGCUGCUCAAGGAAAAGAGAGUGCGCAAAGGGAAGGCUGUCACAGCCUCGCAAGCCACCAAUAUCGACGAUGAAGAUGACGAUAGCGAUGAGGAUGCAAGGGAAGAUGAGAUUGAUAUGCUGCAAGAGGGCAAUGUUGGACGAAUGGAUGCAGAUAUGAGCAACACAUGGCAUGAGAUCGAUGCUACGGACGAUUCGGAUACUGAUUCUAUUAUAAGCAACUCCUCGAAGGCCAAGCAAGCCACAUCGUACAGAGGAAUUCAGCCUAUUGCUUUGGAGAGAGUUAUCGAAGACACAGAUUGGGAGGACGCGGAGAUCAUAGAUUAA